AUGGGAAAAUCCUCGAAAGACAAGCGUGAUGCUUACUACAGACUCGCAAAGGAGCAAGGAUGGCGCGCACGGAAAUUCGACCUCUUUGCCGAUGUAACACGAGUGGUAGAUCUCUGCGCAGCGCCCGGAAGCUGGAGCCAGGUCUUAUCUAGGGUCUUGAUCAAAGGAGAGAAAUUCGGACGUUCAGCAUGGGAAGACAAGCAGGAGGUGUUGCGACAACAAAUGCUCAAGAUUUCCGGCGACAACACCGAGACUGAAGAAGCAAACGAUGAGGUGGAAGACAAAUCUGAAAAGGAGCCUGAACUCAAACCUCGAAAAGAUGUCAAAAUCGUUGCAAUCGACCUACAGCCUAUGAGCCCUCUCGAAGGCAUCACGACCCUCCGCGCCGACAUCACGCACCCCGCAACGGUACCCCUCCUCCUGCGCGCUCUUGACCCUACUUACGACCCCGAAUCCAAGUCCCAGCAUGCCUCACAUCCCGUCGACCUCGUCCUAUCAGACGGCGCGCCAGACGUCACCGGCCUGCAUGAUCUCGACAUCUACGUGCAAUCACAACUCCUCUUCGCCGCCCUCAACCUCGCACUCUGCGUCCUACGCCCUGGAGGGAAAUUCGUUGCCAAGAUAUUCCGAGGCAGGAAUGUGGAUCUCUUAUACGCACAACUGAAGAUAUUUUUCGAGAGAGUGGUUGUUGCGAAACCGCGGUCCAGUCGCGCGAGCAGUGUCGAGGCCUUUAUCGUCUGCUUGAACUUCUCUCCUCCGGGGGGGUUUAAAGCUAGUCUUGAAGAGCCAUUGGGUGUUGGAGACAAGCUGCCGAAUAUGGUUAUGGCGAGAGUACGACAGGAGCCGAUCAUUGCUCGUACGUUCUUGCAAGACCCAAGUACUGGGUCCUGGUCUGGGUGUAAAGCCAAACCUCCCUUGGUUCAGAAUGAGGAUGGCGUGUUCGAGCUCAGUCUUUCUGAGGAUGAAGAAGACGCGAGGCAGAAUGGGAGGUGGAUUGCUCCCUUCCUGGCUUGUGGGGAUCUCUCUGCUUUUGAUGCAGAUGCUUCGUAUCAUUUAUCAAAAGACAGAGUCACUCUGGAUCCCGUGCAGCCUCCGACUGCACCUCCAUACAAGCGCGCUCUCGAGAUGAGGAAGGCUGCUGGAGGGGCCUAUGGGAAGACAAACCUGAAGUGA